GGCAGGGCUGCGCGGGGUUUCUGAUCUCCCCUCGGUUGGAGAUGCUUGGAGCGGAAGCAGAACAUUGCAUCUUGGAACGAAUCUGUUUUUGAUCAUGCAAAUGAAGGCCCGGGUAGUGUAGGCAGACUGUCAGUUUCACCAGUUAGGAAGAGAGAGAAAAGGGGGAAAAUUCCCCGCCACGGCAACGGAUGAAGAAUUUCAGCAGAAAGCUGCUACUUCGGAAGACCAGAUCCUUCUCCGUGAACGGAGCCUUUGGAGGCGUCUCAGCAGCCCUGAUGCGCCACGGGUGGGCUUCGGGCGACUUCGACGGCCCAGGCAGAGAGAGGAAUGGGGAACAGCAUGAGAUCCACCCCGGCGCCCCCCGAGAGGCCCCUGCCCAGCCCAGAGGGACUGGACAGCGACUUCCUCGCCGUGCUGAGUGACUACCCAUCUCCUGACAUCAGCCCCCCAAUAUUCCGUCGAGGGGAGAAACUGCGUGUGAUUUCUGAUGAAGGGGGCUGGUGGAGAGCCAUUUCUCUUAGCACUGGUCGAGAGAGUUAUAUUCCUGGAAUGUGUGUGGCCAGAGUAUACCACGGCUGGCUGUUCGAAGGGCUGGGCAGAGACAAGGCGGAGGAGCUGCUGCAGCUGCCAGACACCAAGAUGGGCUCCUUCAUGAUCAGGGAGAGCGAGACGAAGAAGGGCUUUUACUCGCUGUCGGUGAGACACCGGCAGGUGAAGCACUACCGCAUCUACCGCUUGCCCAACAACUGGUACUACAUCUCCCCGAGGCUCACCUUCCAGUGCCUGGAGGACCUGGUCAAUCACUAUUCAGAGGUGGCUGAUGGCCUCUGCUGUGUGCUGACCACGCCCUGCCUCACCCAGAGCACAACAAACCCAGCAGCGAGAGUCCCCGACUCACCCGUCACCAUGCGCCAGAAGACCUUCGACUGGAAGAGAGUGUCCAGACUCCAGGAAGAUGCUGAUCCUGAAGGGGCAGACAACCCCCUGGGUAUGGAUGAUUCUGUAAUCAGCUACGGCCUUCGGGAAAGCAUUGCCUCCUACCUGUCCCUCACCAGCGAAGACGGCAGCUCCUUCGAUCGAAAGAAGAACAGAGUGUCCCUGAUAUACAGCGGCAGCAAGAGGAAGAGCGCCUUCUUCUCCUCCCCGCCUUACUUUGAGGACUAGCUGAGCGCAGACGCCAGGGCGCACGCCCAAGCAAAACAGAGGCCAGAAGACGCCCAGGGUCUUGCGGAGCCGGGGUUCCCUGGCCCUGGGGGACCUCGCAUCUGUCUUCCAGAAGCCCAGAGAGGCCACAUGGAGACUUGAACUCAAAUCUUCUCUAGCCACAUCUCUGCAAAGGGAGCCCCUCCCUGGUGUGUGAGCGGGGUUGGGGCGUCUCAAGAUGUCGGCUCCUGCUGGGACUGGGCAGAGUUUCAGAGCCACACGUUUGUGGGAGAGACAUGGACACACGAGAAAUACACCAGGAAUAUUCACGAGGCCACCCAGAGGGCCAUGUCUGAGGUCACCAGAAAGAACUGCUGAGUGAAACCAGCCUGAGUUAAAAGCUGUGGCCUGGCAGUGGGUCUGGCUUUGCAGACUGGUGUCCACAGUGAACUCGGGAAACCAGCGGGCAAGAAGACCUCGGUCUGGGCUCCUCCCUCUCAUAGAACUCGGUGACACUAAAGUUAACCCUGCUCAGCAGCCCUGCACCAGGAGACACCGAGGCCGGCUCCUGCGUCAUCCACACGUGCAGGUUCAACAGGCUCCCUCCUUCUGCAGAGGGCAAUGUGUCAGGAGAAAGGGGGGCUGCUGGUGGGGAAGCAGGGGUGGACCUGGAGCAGCCCAGCUCUUACGAUGCCCCAGCCACAGCUCUGCAGCACAGAAAGCCCCUCUAUGGGGUACAGAGACCCCUGCUAUAUUGAAGCAUCAAUGAUUCCUUCAGGAUUGCCCGAAGAAGAGGUGCUGCAUUAAGUCCCCAGCCAUGGAGACAGGGAGAAAAGCUGUGAAAAUGGGGUAUAAAAGGAAUAGCCAGCUCAUGAUUCGGGGUGGGGAUGGAGUCAGGCAAGAGGCACCACAAGCUCAUGUUUCAGGGACCCUCGGAGAUUGGACAGCAUGACUGGACUGAGGAGAACAGGGGUUGAAUUUCUCAAAAAAAGGAAAUGGAUAAGUUGGAAAGAAUGAAUUCAUCCAGUAUUUUAUUCUAAGGAGAGCCUGGUGUCCACAUGAACAAAAACGCGGAGCUCCAGGGAAGUCAGAGUAGCUUCAUUCUGUCUUACAUAAUGUUAAGAGAUGAAAGAGAAGCAGAAACCAGAGCUAGAGGAGAGGGAUUUAUGCCAGGCCCCUCCUGCUCCUGGUAGGGGUGAGGCCUUGACAACCUUGACUGCUCGGGGCAGAGGUCGAGACGUGUCUCCAGCUGCCCCAUCACAAGGUCUCCCUGGUAACCACACACAUUCCACAGACCUGAGCUCAGCGAGCCAGUGGAGUGUGGACACGCAUGUCCGUGACCGCUGCGCCAUGGAGUCCAGAGUGUUUAUACAGGAAGGCUUGUGUGGUUUCCUGCACGACCUCAGACGAACCAGCCAACAUAGGAGGAAUGCAUGUAACACCGGGACCAUGAUUCCCCAGCAGGCAGGGCCACCUCGCAUCACGGAUGCCAGUGCCGCAUCUCACAAAGCGUGUUCUGUUGUGACAAAUGUGAUCUGAACAUCUGGGGAGCACUCGGGGGGGAUUUCUAAGUGGGAAGCAUUACACUUUACUAAAUCAUGUAUUUAUUCCUGAUUGAAAUAAGCCUAAUAAAUAUUUAACUCUUAAUACGUGGAGAGAGCUGUCUGGGUGAGGGGUACAUGGUUCAUUCAGAAACUUCUGUCGGUUUGAAACUUGCCACUGCCAGGACAGGGGAGCAAGGAA